UCAUCAACGACCCAAUUAUUACCAACUAAUGUUACCUCUGUUAUUGAUUAUACUCCUACUACCUCUGCUGGUGCUAAUCCUUUUAAUGUCUUUUCAAAUUCUGAUAGUUCUAAAACUAAGAUUGCGGUGCCAACUGGUUUUUCAUUGUUUUUGUUUGGAAUAGCGCUUUAUUGUUGGAGAAGAAAGGCCAAGAAAAGAAAGGAAUUACUCGGAAACAGUCAAGCAGCUAGUGGAACUAACGAUCAAGAAAUUCAAGUUAAUAGUGAAACUGAUAAAAAUCAACUUCAAAAUAUUGACAAUAUUCAAGAUACUGAUGAAAAAAUUCAAAUUGAUAGCGAAACUGAUAAAAAUCAACUUCAAAAUAUUGACAAUAUUCAAGAUACUGAUGAAAAAAUUCAAAUUGAUAGCGAAACUGAUAAAAAUCAACUUCAAAAUAUUGACAAUAUUCAAGAUAAUAGUGAUGAAAAAAUUCAAGUUGAUAGCGAAACUGAUAAAAAUCAAGUUGUGAGUAAUAAUGAUGAUGAUACUGCCGAUAAUAAUAAUAAAUCUAAAGGAUAA